CCGAGAAAAUGGGACCCGAGGAACCCGUCGGGUCCCGGAAGGGAAAAGAUGGACACCAUAAAGAGAUGGCGCCCGAGUGGGGCAGGAGAUCCCUAUGGAAGCUGUUCGGCCUCUGCCUGUUGGCCAGCUCCAUUAUGACCGCCGUGGGGCUGGGAAGCUUGAGCGUCAUCAAUAGGAAGGCGAUUAACGAGUUGCGUGUUAACAAGGUGGUUAAUGAGGUGGAGGGGGACAAAGGACGGCUCCGGUUCGUGUAUAGGAUGGGGAUGUCGGAGGUAAGUGGAUGGGGGGGAUAUGGGGGCACGGCCUGGAUCGGCAUCGUCACCCCAACCAACGUCACUACCUACCGAGCCGAAGUCGGCCAGGUCCUUUUCUUCCCCCGGAACGUUCUUCAUUGGAUCCAAAACACGGAGGACGGGGGGGAAGGAAAUAAAAGCCGGACCCCAAAAGAACUCGUCCUCGUUCUCUUUUAUGGGACCCACGAGGAGCUGAAGACAUUGGAGGUGGAUGAGGCCGUUAAUGGGACCCCAAAUGAGGUCUUAAUUGAGGCUUUACAGCUUCGUAGUGUUCGGGAUUGGAUUGGAAGCUUCAGAAAAAAGGGCUUGAACCACCCCAUUAAUUUAAGUCAAUUAGUGCGGGAUGUUAAUUACACCCAGGCGGAUAACGAGCAAGUAUGGCGGUAUUUAUAUGACCUUAAAGGUAAGGACCCUAUAAGACCCCAUAGACCCCAUAUAACCCCCCAUAUAAUCCCAUAUUCCCCUUCCAGGACCCUUCCUUUAACCUUCCAGGACCUUUCUAUCCCCCUUAGGUUCCCCCUCCCGGCACCAUUUAAUGGCGGAGUUUUCCAUUGGGCUCCGUAUCGACUGCCAGGACCUGGAUGGAACCAAAUGAAUCUCAUUUACAUCCAGUCGCUCCUUCAGCACCCCGAUCCUCUCACCAUAGCCACCCUAAGGAUCUUCCCUAAUGAACUUGGCCAACCCCAUUAUCAUCUUAACGCUAACGAGCUGGCUUACAUCCUCCAAGGCUGUGGCAAGGCCGGCCUGGUGUUGGAGAAUGGGGAGAGCCUGAGCUUCGAGGUGGAAGUGGGGGACGUCCUAUUCUUCCCUAUGGGGAGCCAGCAUUACUUGAAGAGCGGGUGCCCUGACGGGAUCCUAUUGGUGCUGGGUUAUAGCACCGGGAAUAUGGUGGGUCUAUGGGGUCUAUAUGGGGUUCUAUGGGGGUCUAUGGGGUCUAUAGGGGUCUAUGGGGCUCUAUGGGUGGCUAUGGGGUCUAUAUGGGGUCCUAUUGAUUACCAGUGCGGUACCUAA